UUGGGUUCCGCACCCCUUGGCAGCGGUGUGCGGCAGGGCAGGGCAGGGCAGGGCAGUCCGGAGCCGGACGCAGGCGCUGGAAGGAGAACCGAUGGACGACCAAGGAAGCAGAAUGAGUGCCUUGCCUGCCAGCCCCAUUGCCCUGGACUACCUGGACGACUUCGACCUGCUGAAGUUUGAAGUGAAACAGGAGGUGCCCCGGCCAGGGAGUAGCUCCUCUACCAGCUCCACCCCCUGCAGCUCCGUGCCCCCCUCGCCCACCUUUGACAAGGUGGGGGACCCCAAGUCCUCACUGGAAGAGCUGUACUGGAUGGCGACGCUGCACCAGUCUUUGGCGGCCGCAGCGGCUGGCACCGGCCCGGAGAGCCACGUGGUGCCUGGGCUGGACGAGGCAGUGGAGGCCUUCUUGGGUGUCCCCAUGGCAGAAGGGGGUCUCCGAAGCAGCAUGACCCCCCAGCUGCAGGGGUUCUUAGGAUCAGCUGAGAGCUUUGGCGGAGAGCAAGAGCUUUCUCAUUUCCAGCUGCCCCGGCUUUCCGACCGCUUCUCCGACGCCCAGCUGGUCUCCAUGUCGGUGCGGGACCUCAACCGGCAGCUCCGCGGCUUUGGGAAGGACGAGGUGCAGCGGCUGAAACAGAAGCGGCGCACGCUCAAGAACCGUGGCUAUGCCCAGUCCUGCCGUUUCAAACGGGUCCAGCAGCGCCACAUCCUGGAAGCCGAGAAGUCCCAGCUGGCACAACAGCUCGAAUCCCUGCGGGUGGAGGUGGCCCAGCUGGUCCAUGAGCGAGACAUCUACAAGGCCCGGUGCCAGAAGCUGCUGAGCGAGGCUGCUGGGGGGCAUUGUGGGGAGGGGGCCAAGCCCCCCGUUGCCCAGGCUCCCUCCAUGGUACAGUUUUUUCUAUGAGCCCCCUCUGGACUUCCUUCUGUAUACAUCAAACUGUGGGAGCUGUGUGGGAGAUGAACUUGCCAAGAAGCUGUUUCCCUCUUUAGUGCCACCAGGGGGGGACGCUGAGCACAGCUCCUUAACAAGUAGUCCCCUUUACCACCACCAGAUGGUGCAAAAGAGUCUUGACCAUCUAGGCAUUUGAGGGCAGGCAUGUUUACAUGCAAAGCUAGCUUUGGGGAUGGAAAGUGGGCAUGAUGCUCCUCUCAAAUCCUCCUGGGAACUGUAGUUUUGUGAGGGUUGCUGCCAGGAAUUCCAUCUUCCACCCCAGGAACUACAGCACCCAGGGUUCCCUGUGGCCUGAUUCCUCAGUCUAGUGAAAUCUAUGGCGCAAAUAAGGCUGGUCCUCUCGGGCUUCGUUGAGAAAUGUGUUUUGCCACCAUUCUGCUCCCCAAAGGAAGGAGGGAGGUGGAGAGAGACAGAAGCUGAAAGAGGUGCUCCUAAGCUCUCCCCAGAGCAAGAAUCCAGUGGGCGACGGAGUCACUGCAAGAACUGGGCCAGGGUGAAUGAGGCAGAUUCAGAAAGUUUGUGAAUCCCCGCUGCCCCGUUUUUAGGUACAAAAUUUGCUUUGCCCCAAAGGGAGGUAGUUCGGAGAGGAGAAAGGAUGUGCAGGAGGGAUUCUCAACUUUCUGAGCCACUGGAUGCAACUGGGAGACCAUAUUGGAGCCUGGAGGUUGCCGCGGAGGGAGGGGCUUGCCCCUUCUUGAAAUGGCUGCCUUACUGGUGAGGUCAGACAUCAAAAGAUCUGUGGGUCAAGGAGCCCCAAAGACCCAAAGGCAGUGUUGGGGAUGCCACUGUCAACAACAUGCAUUACGUUUUCCUGCUUGGGAGUGAUAGUUGUGUGGGGAAAAACAAAUCUUUCAAGCAUCCCCAGCUUGAUGCUCUCCAGCCGCAUUUUGAGAAAGCAACUCCCAGAAUCCCUAGCCAGGAUCCCAGAAUUCCUGGCAAGCUGGCUAAGAAUUCUGGGAGUUGUGGUCUCCGGCUGGAGGAAAGCUGAGCUAACCGUGAUGUUGGGAUUGGACAAUGUUGUCAUGGGCCUCUAUGGGGAUUUGGCCAGUUUUGUGGGAGAAGAAGUGUGAAAAAGGUGCAGCUUUGUGAUGUUUUUGUUGCAAAAUGAGAUGCACAGUCACUCGGUCACUCUGUAGCUCAUGUCAAUAAAAAGCAGAGUACUUUUA